AAGCUUCAACCUCACACUAGCCAGCCCCAGACCCCAGAGCUUCAGCUCACUCCCACUAUCUUCGUCCUCCUCUCAACCACCACCAACUCCCAAAUCCCGCCGCGGAGCUCACAACAUCCAAGAAACCACUCGCGGGCAGCUUGCCACCCCGCGGAUCCAGGCCCCGCGAUGACCGCCUGGGCGGCGCUCCUGGCCGUCGUCCUGGCGCUGUCGUGCGCGCGGGAGCGGCGGCUGCUGGCGGCCGACGCGGCCGUGGGGGUCAACUGGGGCACCCUGUCGUCGCACCGCGCGCCGCCGGCGGUGGUGGUGGACCUCCUGCGCGCGAACCGGAUCGGGAAGGUCAAGCUCUUCGACGCCGACGCCGGCGUGCUGCGCGCGCUCGCGCGCAGCGGCAUCGAGGUCAUGGUCGGCCUCACCAACGGCGAGCUCGCCGGCAUCGCGGGGUCGCCGGCGGCCGCCGACGCCUGGGUCGCGCAGAACGUCUCGCGCUACGUCGGCCGCGGCGGCGGCGUCGACAUCCGGUAUAUUGCUGUGGGAAAUGAGCCAUUUCUGACAAGCUACCAGGGUCAAUUUCUGUCAUACGUUAUUCCAGCAAUGGCAAACAUUCAGCAAUCACUGGUGAAGGCUAAUCUUGCUAGCUACGUGAAGCUAGUAGUCCCGUGCAACGCCGACGCAUAUGAGGGCGCCGUUCCGUCGCAAGGAGUGUUCAGGACUGAAUUGACCCAGAUAAUGACCCAGCUCGCCGCUUAUCUCAGUUCAAAUGGAGCUCCGUUCGUGGUCAAUAUCUACCCAUUCCUCAGUCUUUACCAGAAUUCCGACUUCCCAGAAGAUUAUGCCUUCUUUGAGGGAUCAACUCAUCCACUUGUAGAUGGCUCCAACGUGUACUACAAUGCUUUCGACGGCAAUUUCGACACGUUGAUUUCUGCUCUGGGUAAACUCGGCUACGGGCAACUACCCAUUGCAAUUGGUGAGGUGGGUUGGCCGACUCAGGGAGCACCAAGUGCAAACUUGACUGCAGCAAGGGCAUUCAACCAAGGGCUCAUCAACCGUAUCAUGAGCAACAAAGGGACUCCCCUCCGCCCUGGUGUACCCCCAGCUGAUGUCUAUCUUUUUGGCCUUCUUGAUGAGGAGCAGAAGAGUACCCUACCUGGAAACUUUGAGCGACACUGGGGGAUCUUCUCGUUUGAUGGGCAGGCCAAGUACCCGUUAAACCUUGGGUUAGGCAACCCGGUGCUGAAGAAUGCUAAAGAGGUGCCCUAUCUUCCGUCGCGGUGGUGCGUCGCGAACCCGGCUCAGAGCCUCGACAACGCGUCAACUCACCUGAAGCUUGCUUGCGACAUGGCGGAUUGCACCACCCUCUACUACGGAGGGUCGUGCAACGGCAUCGGGGAGAAGGGCAACGUCUCCUUUGCUUUCAACAGCUACUACCAGAUGCAGAAGCAGGAUGCCAAGAGCUGUGAUUUUGAUGGGCAUGGGCUGAUAACUUUCCUUGAUCCAUCUAUGGGUGAAUGCCGCUUUCUUGUUGGCAUCGAUGAUAGCAAGAGCUCUGCGGUUGCCUCUUGUGGCAAUUGCUGUGGGGUCUUCUGUGGGGUGUCGAUUUUCGCUUUGUGGUUGUUCAUGUACCUUAGGAUGAUGAGCUCUGCCUGAUGGUUGAAAUGAUCUAUUGGGGCAUGAUAGGCGUGCCUUUGUGAAAUACUACUAGCUUGUACGCUUGACUUCUAGAUGACUAGAUAUGAAUCCUAGAUUAUGAGCCCUAGAUUAUCGUAAGAUUAGCGAAGAAGACAAUUUUAGUCAUAUAUGGAGAUUAAUUUAUUGUUUAAAUUUCUAUCUGCCAGUAGUAAUACUUGCUGCACUAGUUUAGAUUAGAGGACAAGUGGUGAGUAGUUUUGAUUUGAUGUAGCACCUGAAUGAAGUAGUCAGUCUGAAGGAGCCAAGGGAUGUUUAUUGCUGGAAAGUUAUAGAGACCAUUACAUGCUCACAGAAGAGCAGCGUGCCGACGGCGGUGGAGCGGGCGGGCAGCAGUUGUCGCCGCAGCAGGCGUGGCCGCAGGUCCUCGUCGGAUGCUCCACGAUCCAGCAGCACUGGCACGCUGAAACGAAACGGAGCGCAAGGUGAAGCUCAGCCAAAAAAGAGAAGAAGCCAUGAAGAUGAUGUGAGCAUGCCAACGACAUGACUGUCUAACUAACCAAGGUCGAAAAGAAAAAGGAGGGAAGAGCUGAACCCUGAACUCAUGACUUACGCAGUGAAGCAGUGGUGGUUGUGAUGAAGAGCGCAAGCAGAAGCAGCAUGAGCCAGGACGCCAGGGCAAGGAGAGUGUUCCUCCUCAUGCCUCCUGUUUUGUUUGCUGUGUUCCCCUCUUGAUAUGCUUCACGGUUCAGAGCUUUCAGGGGAGAUCUACGUGUUUGCAACGCAAGGAGAUGUGGUGGUAAGUAUAUAUGCGUCCGUGUAUGGCCUGGCUCGACUUGUGAUAAGAUGCCGCCCAGCCGCUUUGCUUGACUUGGACCGACUGAUAUGCCGACUGCCGCAGUGUAUAUGUUGGACUUGACAUCGCAGCACAUGUGGACCCCGGGUCGACUAGUCAUGUUGUCUAAGAGCAUGUACAGUCAGGCUCCGGGCGGCUGAUUCUGAUGUAAUAUCAUGACCAAACGGUCUCCUCGAACCUGCCUUAGGCCAA